GAGCUGAAACUGGAGCUCGGAGCGCACCGCGCGCGCGCUGACCCGGAUCGGGCCCAAAGCGGGUUCGAUCCCAGCGACAAAGCUGAUGAAACGUCUGCGUGGAUUUGAUUCGGACUUUUCCGAGUUCUCCAGUUUCCUCUGAUGAGGUUCAAACCUGCAGCGCUGCACGCACACGCCCCGCCCCCGUGCGCUCUGCAGAGUUGAAGCUUGGCGCUGAUGAGAGCGCAGCAGCGAGCGCGCGGCAGCGGCUUCGGCGAGUCACACAGCGUCUUUACUUUUGUGUGCGCGCGCGAGGAGAAAGGACUGACUGCGUCUCCUCUCACACGCGUGGAAGCCGUCUAUGCGUGGACGUGGGGGUCCGGACGGAAGACGGUGUCGGAACCGCCGUGGAUGAGCGCGUCCGAGCCGCUGCUGAAGAGAGGAUCCGGAGGACAUGAGGCUCCUGCCGUGCGUGAUCACCGCCGUGCUGCUGCAGCUUGGACCCGCGCGCGCAGGGGACAAGUUUGACGAGCCAUGCAACGGUCUGGACUGCAGCAAGGGGUGCCAGUGUCUGCCUCAGAAAGGGGCCCGGGGUCAACCAGGGCCUCUCGGUGAACCUGGUCCUAGUGGUCUAGAGGGACCACAAGGCGGACUGGGCCCUCGAGGGCCAAAGGGAGAGGGAGGUCAUGUUGGACGUAAAGGACCACCUGGGCCUAAAGGAGAUAAGGGACCAAUGGGAGUGCCAGGAUUUUCGGGGAGUAAAGGCAGUGAUGGUCAUCCUGGUCAGCCAGGUGAGAGGGGGCCACCUGGGUUGGAUGGAUGUAACGGAACCAAAGGAGAACCCGGUCUGCCUGGUUUGGGAACUGGAUCUCCUGGAUUUCCAGGACGUACAGGUCCGGCGGGGCCGAAGGGUCAGAAAGGCGAGCCCAGAUACUUCUCACCGUCCGGGGGUUUGCCGGGGCCUCCUGGGCUGACAGGUCCAACUGGCUUCCGCGGUCCCGACGGUCCUCAGGGUUUUCCAGGUCAAAGAGGACCUGAAGGAUUCAAGGGCAUUCCUGGUCCUCCUGGCCCCCCAGGUUCAAUAGACACCGGUUUUGACCCACAGGGACCAGGAGAGAAAGGAGAAAAGGGCGACGUGGGUCUUCCCGGACCCAGCGGUGCUCCCGGGAGCGGGUCUCUAACAGCCCCCAAAAUUCUCACUAUCUACAAGGGAGAUAAGGGAGAACCAGGCCCAAAAGGAUCAGUUGGAUUCCCAGGACUACCUGGACUGCCUGGAGCUUUCGGUUAUCCAGGUGAAAUCGGAGAGAAAGGCAUCCCUGGAUAUCCUGGAGGAAGAGGUGCUCCGGGUUUUAAUGGACCUCAGGGCGCUCCAGGGUUACCGGGCCUGAGAGGAGACCCAGGAUACUCCGGCAGUCCAGGUUACGACGGGCCAAAGGGUGACCCAGGAGACCGUGGUCCUCGAGGACCUCCCAUUUAUGUCAAUAAUUUUGGCAUUUCUGCUCAAGGUCCUCCAGGAGAUCCUGGCUACAGCGGUGCUCCUGGCGUUCCCGGUGACCAAGGACCCACGGGGUUCCCGGGACUUCCAGGCGAACCUGGACGUAUUCUGCCAGAGUCACCAGGACUUCCAGGUCUACCUGGACUACCCGGCCUGGAAGGAGAGAAAGGAAACCCAGGCCCACGGCUUGAUGGUCCUGAAGGACUCCCAGGUCUGCCUGGACCACCUGGACCUCCUGGACCUCCUGGACUCCAGGGUCCUCCUGGCAGGACCUCUGAUCCCUGUGUCAUCUAUCCUGUCAAUCCCAAAGGCUCUCCUCAGGGUGGCCCUAGUAUCCCCGGAGUACCUGGAACACCCGGCGCCAGAGGACCGCCUGGAAACCGAGGGUUCAAAGGCUUCAGAGGUGACCUUGGGGCUUGUGCCUGUGAGGGAGGGGGCUCCUCAGGGGCACCUGGGUUACCUGGACCUCCUGGACUCAACGGCAGCCCCGGUGCCACUGGAAGGAAGGGGGAACUUGGUGACACGGGAUCACCGGGGUUCAGUGGCCGUUCUGGUCCUGAUGGCCGGCCUGGUAACAGAGGCUUCUCUGGUCCAAAAGGAGAAAAGGGGGAGUCGUAUGUAACGCAGGGCUUUCCAAUCAAGGGGGAUCGUGGAGCCCCUGGACCCCGAGGACCUCUAGGUGAAACUGGAAGACCUGGCAGAGACGGGCUUCCUGGCUUUCCUGGAUUCCCGGGAAUUCCUGGCGACCCUGGCUUCGGUACAGCUGGAGAAAAGGGAUUCUUGGGCUUCCCGGGAAGCAAAGGUCGUCCUGGAGGCCCUGGGGAGCCUGGCAUUGGCUAUGUAGGGCUGCCUGGCUUGCGGGGUGAGCCUGGAGACCAAGGUUUUUCUGGGCUGCCUGGGCCACCAGGUUUACCUGGACCAAGAGGUGAAAGCGCCUGUGGACGGGUUAAUGACGCCGAAACGGGAACGGGUGACUUGUUGCCCUGCAGCAUACCUGGACAAGCCGGAGAGCCUGGGAUUCCUGGCUCACCUGGACGCCCAGGCAUAAAGGGUCAGCCGGGUGUUUUCCCGGACCCAGAGGAGACCCAGGAGUCCCAGGUGUUCCUGGGCUGCGCAUUGAUGGACCCAGGGGGAGGAACGGUGUUCCGGGACUUCCUGGAGCCAAAGGCCAGCCUGGAGAAAUUCUUGGAGCCAUUCCUGGAACUCCAGGGCGAGACGGUGGACCUGGAAUACGUGGGGACAAAGGCCAGCCCGGCACUCCAGGAGUUCCUGGAGGUCCUGGUUUGGAUGGGAAGAUUGGUAUUCCUGGAUUGAGUGGAGAACGUGGAACUGAUGGUCUGCCGGGUCUUCCUGGUCCACCUGGACUUCCGGGUGAGGGUCGCGGCUCCACUCCUGGACCACCUGGACCUCCUGGCAACAAAGGACAGAGUGGAUCACCAGGCUGCCCAGGUUUUCCUGGGGAGAAAGGAGACACAGGCGAUCCGGGUUUCCCAGGACCUGCAGGAAUGAAAGGAACCCCUGGGUUUCCUGGUACUCCUGGAACACCAGGGCCAAGGGGACCACCUGGACCUCCAGGACCUGGAACUGUAGACGGAUUUCCUGGAAUUCCUGGAGUUAAAGGGGAAAGAGGUUUUGUUGGACUCCCCGGGUUUCCUGGGCAGUCUGGACGACCCGGAACACCAGGAUUUCCAGGAGGGAAAGGUCUGCCUGGGGAGCCUGGAAGAAAUGGAUCUCCUGGCAGGCUUGGACCUCAAGGCGGCAGAGGUGACAAAGGGUAUCCGGGUCUUCCGGGCCCCCCCAGUAUUUACACAAUACCAGCGGAGAAGGGAGACCGGGGAGAUCCUGGAGCCAGAGGCUUUGAUGGUUUCCCUGGACCCAGAGGUGACAAGGGUCUGCCCGGACUGCCAGGUCGGCAGGGUCGUCCUGGCCUUCCUGGUCUACCUGAACAAAGUAAAGGUCAACCCGGGCAGCCGGGCCUUCCUGGACUGCCUGGACCUCCAGGCUUCCAAGGACCAAAGGGGGAAGGAGGCAUCAAUGGGUUCCCUGGCAUGCAAGGACCAAGAGGAGACGAUGGAAUACCUGGUGCACCUGGAAGUCCUGGAGAACAAGGUCGACCGGGUGGAAAAGGUCAACCUGGGGAAACUUUUGGCUUUCCCGGCUCACCUGGACAGAAGGGUCAACCAGGAGAUCCAGGCAGCCCAGGUGGUCGAGGCUUCGAUGGAGCGCCCGGUGAUAAUGGCUUACCUGGAAUCCCUGGUUUCCCUGGGAUAAAAGGUGGUCCCGGUGAACCAGGACGACCUGGAUCACCUGGAUCUGUUGGUUUUCCGGGCCCUAAAGGGCUGUCAUCAUUCCCUGGAAGAACUGGAGCAGAUGGGCUCCCAGGACAGCCUGGAUUUCCAGGAGGGCCUGGAGCCAAAGGUUUGCCUGGACCUCCUGGCCUGGAUGGACUUAAUGGCCUCGCUGGAUCCAAAGGCCUUCCUGGAACACCAGGUGCUACUCUAGGAGGUCGCCCUGGUGCUCCCGGUAUUCCAGGAUUAAAGGGAGAAAGGGGCGAUUCCUAUCCAGGACAAAGAGGCUUUGAUGGAGGGAAGGGACAGAAAGGAGAGCCUGGUCUUCCUGGACUCUCAGGAAAUCCUGGUCAACCCGGACUUCCUGGAGAGCCAGGGUUCUCAAGCGUUUCUGGACCUGUGGGGGAUCCUGGACUACCUGGAUUGGAUGGAAACUAUGGUUUUCAAGGUCGACCCGGUCCUCCUGGUCCCCCUGGUCCAGGAACAGUACAAGGAGAAAGAGGGGAGCCAGGGCUGCCAGGUUUCCCUGGAUCUCCUGGAAGAAAGGGAGAACCGGGUUUUAAUGGAGGCCCCGGAUUCUCGGGUAAUCCUGGUGUCAAAGGAUCUCCUGGUGAAAGUGGUUUUAGUGGACUUCCGGGCCUGAAAGGUACACCUGGAGAUCCUGGUUUCUAUGGAGUCAAGGGACCUAAAGGGGUAACAGGCCAGCGAGGACCGAAGGGUCUCCCAGGAGUUUUGCUGCCUUCCCCAAUCGUGGAUGGACAGUCUUCUGGUGACAUGGGUCUUCCUGGCGAAAGGGGGCCCUUCGGUUACCGUGGAGACUCUGGUUGGAGUGGUAUUCCAGGGCGCCCCGGUCCAAAGGGACGCCCUGGAGCCCCAGGUAACCUCGGAAGGACUGGACCGUCUGGACCUCCUGGUCCGUUGGGUGAUCCCGGGCCGUCUGGUUUACCUGGAUCAGAUGGAGGGCAAGGCCCCCCUGGGAACGUUGGCCCCCGUGGCCUUCCUGGACCCUCCACCCCCAGCAGCAGCAUCGGCUACACGCUGGUGAAGCACAGCCAGAGCGAGCAGGUCCCCAUGUGUCCUCAGGGCAUGCCUUCAUUGUGGACCGGGUACAGCUUGCUAUAUGUGGAGGGGCAGGAGAAGGCACACAACCAAGACUUGGGUCAGCCCGGCUCGUGCCUCCCCAGGUUCAGCACCAUCCCCUUCCUGUACUGCUCCCCCAACGAGGUUUGCUUCUUUGCUAGUCGCAACGACAAAUCUUACUGGCUCUCCACAACUGCCCCCAUUCCCAUGAUGCCCGUGUCUGAGGCGCAGAUCCAGCCUUACAUCAGCAGGUGUUCAGUGUGUGAGGCUCCAUCUCAGGCUGUGGCGGUCCACAGUCAGGACUUUACCAUCCCCAUGUGUCCUCGAGGGUGGAGAAGUCUCUGGAUUGGAUAUUCCUUCUUGAUGCACACGGCGGCUGGCGCGGAAGGCGGCGGUCAGUCCCUGAUGUCUCCCGGCUCCUGCUUGGAGGAUUUCCGCGCCACUCCGUUCAUCGAGUGCAAUGGCGCCAAAGGCACGUGCCACUACUUCGCCAACAAGUACAGCUUCUGGCUGACCACGGUGGAUCCCAGGCGGGAGUUCGUGUCCUCGCCCAGCCAGGAGACGCUGAAAGCGGGCCAGGAGCGCUCCAGAGUCAGUCGCUGUCAGGUCUGCAGCAAAGUGCUGUAGGCGCAGGCUUGGGGGGGGGCAUGAUAAGACUUUCAGAAAAAAGAUGAAUGGUGAAUGGGAUCUUGUGACUGAAAAAAACAAGCCCCUCCCCCCACACAAGCAGUGAAUCUGCGAAAGAAGAAGCCGGAGCGAGGAUCUUCCUCAUCAUUACUGAUUAUGGUGCUAUUCUCCCUCAGCUUUCAUUUCACUUGUUUUCUCCACUACUGUGUGUGGUUUUUUUGCCCCCCCACCUUUAAAUCCCACUUCAUGUUUCAUAUUUUUAAACUUGAUCCUGAUUGUGUGCCUACAGUGGGAACCUGCGGGUAAUCCUGUGUGGAUUCAUGUCCGUGUGCUGAGCGAGAGGAUUUGCAGACUAAAUUAAAUCCAGACUGUUUUUUAAAACAUGCAGACAAAGAGUCCAAAGGUGGAUCCCUCUGCUUCUGUAAAGCAGCCAGAAAAAAAGAAAAGACCAUAAACACAAAAAACAGAUGUAAAUCUAAUAUGAAACUGGUUUAACCAUAACCUUAUUUCUGGAUUAAGUUUAGGUCAGAUUUGACUAAAACCUGAUUUAUUAAUAAAUUGCAUCCCAUUUUAAAACUGUUUUAACCCUGAAUUGAAUCAAACUCAAGUUUAAGUCAAACCUGGUUUGAAUCUAGUUUUAACCUCAGAAAAUAUGGAUCAAACAGAAAAACAAAUGCAAUCUAACCUGAAUUAAUCUGGUUUAAACUUGGAUCAUUUUUAUAAAAUCUUGUGUCAAACCUAAUUUAACAUAAAAUAGAAUAUCACUCAAAUCUGGUUUAAGGCUUGAAUAUGUCUAAUGUAAACAUGUUUUAAAUAUGGGGGAAAAAAACUGAUUUGAACCUGAUUUUAGUGCAAAACAAACCUAGUUUAACCCUAAACUAAUCUGGUUUAAACUUUUACUUUUUUAAUCAUACUUUCGUCAAAUCUAAUUUAAUCCUAAACUAAUCUGGUUUAACAUUUUUUUUAUUUUGUUUUUACUCAUACUUGAGUUAAACAUAAACAAAAAUUAGGUUUAUAGCUGAAACUGUCAAACAUUGUUUAAACCGAAUACAAACCAGAUUUUUAUCUAAUCUAAUCUAAUUUAAUCUAAAUCAAGUUUAAGUCAAACCUGGUUUGAAAAAAAUCUGUAUCAAAGCAAAAAAAAUGUAAUUCAAUCUGAAAAACCUUGUCUAAACUUGGAUCAUUUUUAUAAAAUCUUGAGUCAAACCUAGUUUAAAGUUAAAUAGGAUUUCAUUCAAGUCUGGUUCAAAGCUUCCAUAAAUCUAAUGUAAACCUGUUUUAAAUCUUAAAAAAAAUUAUUUCAACCAGAUUUUUGUCCCAAACACAUUGAAUUUAAACCUAAAUUAAUCUGGGUUCAACUUUUUUGUUUUUUACUCAUACUCGAUUUAAAACUAAUUUAAACCUAACAAAAUGGGAUUUUGACUCAAACCUGAUUCAAACCUGGUUUAAACCGAACACAAGUGGGUAGAAACCUGAAACAGUUUAUUGUAUGCUCAAACCUGAUUCAAACCUAGUGUAACUCACAAACAAGGUUAAAACUUGAUUCAAAUGUAGUGUAAACCUACAACAAACCAGGUUAAAACCUGACUCAAACCUGAUCCGAACCCAGUGUAAACCUAAUACUAACCAGGAUAAAACCUGACUCAAACCUGAUCCAAACAUAGUGUAAACCUAAUACAAACCAGGUUAAAAUUGACCCAAACCUGAUCCAAACCCAGUGUAAGCCUAACACAAACCAGGUUAAAACCUGACUCAAACCUGAUCCAAACCCAGUGUAAACCUAAAACAAACCAGGUUAAAACCUGAUUUAAACUUGAUUCAAAUGUAGUGUAAACCUAAUACAAACCAUGUUAAAAUUGACUCAAACCUGAUCCAAACCCAGUGUAAACCUAAAACAAACCAGGUUAAAACCUGAUUCAAACUUGAUUCAAAUGUAGUGUAAACCUAAUACAAACCAUGUUAAAAUUGACUCAAACCUGAUCCAAACCUUGUUUAAAUCUAAUACAAACCAGGUUAAAACUUGACUCAAACCUGAUCCAAACCCAGUGUAAACCUAAAACAAACCAGGUUAAAACCUGAUUUAAACUUGAUUCAAAUGUAGUGUAAACCUAACACAAACCAGGUUAAAACCUGAUUCAAACCUUGUCUAAAUCUAAUACAAACCAGUUUUCAAUCUGAAUUUGAUCAAACCUAAUCCUAAAUCAAACUGUUUUUAAAUUUAAAUUAAGUAUCUCAGUCUUGAAUCAAACCUUGUUUUAAACCUGAAUCAAAUCUGAUUUAAAGCUGUAUUGGACAGGGUACCCAGAGUUCAUUUCAGCACAAACCUCUUUCAGCUAAGAUGAUGAUUACAUGUCAGUACGACCACAAGCCUACUCAGGAGAUUUUCCUGUUAAAGUCUGGCGUGUUUUUGUCCUUAGGAUGAAACCUGGAGAUCCACAUUUGUCUGACGCUCCUCCUCCCUGAACUCUGACCUGAAUCUUUUCACUUCCUGCAGUAGAAGCUGAAUUUCCCUGACACUAAACCUCUGACUGCACUGAUGUUGAGCUCCAGCUGCUUCUGUCUCUUCAAAGUUCAGCUUCAUUCAGCUUCUGCCUUCUCUCUGGGGUUUUUCCUGUUUCUGAAUCAACAUUUUCCCACUUUUUCCUGUUUCCUGAGUGGAUUUAGAUCCUCAAUAAACUCAUUUUUUCAGUUUAAUGACCUCUAUGACCACUGUAUCUGCGCUGCUGCUCCAGACGUUUCAGCCUCUCUUCCUGUUUUUGUUCUGUUGUAAUCUAGAUUGUAAUUAUUUUUCUUAUGUCACUAUUAUAUCCCACCUUAUUUACUGCUACUGGAGGGAAAAGAUUGAUAUAAAAAGUGUAAACAUGAAUCUAUAAAAUGAAAAAUUGCCUCUAGGAUGUUUUUUUUUUAAUUUUUUUUUUUUUUUAUAAAAUGUUUGAAACUUGGACACAUUUUACUGAUUGUCAUUGUCUGUUUGGACGUAACGCCACAGCCGGAAGCAAAUGUUGUAUUCAGCAGAAUCCUGAUGAAAGAGAUGCAGUUUUCCUCAAAGAGGAUGUACGAGAACUAAAAUACUAUGAAUAACCUCGA